AUGUCCUCUUGAUGUAUUGCUGUGGGCUGGGACACUGGCGGAAAGUACAGUCCACCUAUGGUUCGGCGGACCGUCAGGACUCCAAUAACACUGAGGUGGAAAAAAAUGCACAGGUGCAAUUGGAAAAGGCAAAGUUCAAACCUGUUGCAUUUGCAGUGCGUGCAAAUUACACCUACACUCCUGCCGAUGAUGACAAUGUACCUAUGCCAGGUCAUGGUGUGACCUUUGAGGCCAAAGACUUCCUGCAUGUUAAAGAGAAGUUCAACAAUGAGUGGUGGAUCGGCCGUCCGGUGAAGGAGGGUGGGGAGGUGGGCUUCAUCCCCAGCCCGGUUAACCUGGAGACCAUCCUCAUCAGACGAGAAGUGCAGGCCCGCAAGGCUGCCAAAGCCCUAGCCAAUAAAUUAGCUGCCGCUGCUGCCCAGGGUAAUACGUCUGCAGUAAAACCUCCUCCACCUCCUGCAGUCCAGCAGGUGAAGAAGAAGUCGGGGGAGCAAUUAGCUGCGUAUGAUGUUGUGCCUUCCAUGCGUCCUGUUGUACUUAUGGGCCCCUCAUUGAAGGGUUAUGAGGUGACGGACAUGAUGCAAAAAGCUCUAUUUGACUUCCUGAAGCAUCGGUUUGAAGGAAGGAUAACCAUAACCAGGGUGACAGCAGACAUUGCCCUGGCUAAACGGUCGAUACUCGGUAACCCAGGCAAACAUGGCUUGAUGGACCGCUCCAACACACGCUCAAAUUUAGCCCAGAUCCAGGGGGAGGUGGAGAGGAUCUUUGAGCUGGCCCGAAGCCUGCAGCUGGUGGUGCUGGAUGCGGACACCAUAAACCACCCAAUACAGCUCAGCAAGACCUCCCUGGCCCCCAUCCUGGUCUACGUCAAGAUCUCCUCCCCCAAGGUUCUCACAAGACUGAUCAAGACCAGGGGGAAGUCUCAGACCAAACACCUGAACGUCCAGUUGGUGGCUGCUGACAAACUGGCCCAGUGUCCAAAUGAGGUAUUUGAUGUCAUCUUGGAUGAGAACCAGUUGUCGGAUGCCUGUGAGCACUUAGCGGAGUACCUUGAGUCCUACUGGAGGGCCACCCACCCCCCAGAGAUGGAGCCUGCCAAUCCCAUGCUAGAGAAACUCGCUGAGAACACUCUCCCCGCCAGCCCUAAGGAAGAACCCAAAACCAAGAAGACGGCUGCAGCCAAGCAGAAAGGAUCCCAAGAAAACAGUCCCGAUCAGCAACCCCCGGAACAGAGAGAGGAGGAGGAGGAGGAGAGGUUUGAGGAGGAGGAAGAGGAGGAGGAGGACAUCGACGACGAGGAGAGACCGCUGAGGAGCGAACCCAAGCGCCCUCAGCACGCCCACCACCACCACCACCACCACCGCCACCGCUCUUCGGCCGCCCGCCCCGAGCACCACAACCACCAGCCCCCGCCGCCCCAGCAGUCCCUGGACGUGGAGCUGCUGCCGGGCCGCCAGUCCGUUUACUCCGAGUCGUCCCGGCGGCGCCGCAUGCUGCCGGAGGAAGAGGAGGAGGAGGAGGAGGAGCCGGGCAUGGAGGUGUACCACAACGCGGUGACCCACAGGGACCACAACCACCACCAUCACAACCACCACCGGCACCACCACCACCACCAUCACCACCACCACGGCAGCAGCAGCCACCACCGCGGGGCCAGCGAGGCUCUGGCCAUGGAGGACCAGCACUACCAGAGCCGGGACUACGAGCUGGAGCACAAUGAGCGCAACAGACAGCACCGGCACCAGGGACAGCAGCGCUCGCAGCACGAACAACACCACCCCGGCCAUCACAACCACUACCACUACCCCGGGAGGGACGGGGGCAGGGACCGAGACAGGGACCGUGACAGGGACCGCGACAGGGACAGGGAUGUGAGACGCGGGGACACGGGAGAGUGGUCCAGAGAGAUGUACAUUCACCAAUGAGUUAGUGAGUGCAGCUGCAUUUGCACAACAAAAAACUUUUACUCUCAGGUUCAGGUUGGAGUCUUGCAUUUCCCUCUUCCCUCCUGAUUUAUUUAAAGUUUUCUUUACCCCUCCUUCUCUUCAUCUUCCUCUUCUCACCACGUCUCAGUGUUUCUCUAUUUUGGGUCCAAAGGUGUGGUGACAAAAGAUGAUGUCUCUGAACAAUACAAUUAAAGAUGUCACAAUUUUUUCAAUGGAAAUAAAAGCAUGACAAAGAGUGAGAACUUUG